ACGUGUGACGUCAUCCCGCCCGCAGUGGAGCUCGUGACGUGGAAAAGAGCUGCUGCAGCAGCGUUAAAGCCCGUGUUUAGUUUUGUUGACGGACUAACAGCGAGUUUAUUUCCGAUCCCAGUCGCUUGGAUUGUGCUUUUAUCGAGCAGAAUCUCGGUGUUUUAAUCCCUCGGUGCUGUAUUUGUGCGCGUGCUGUGUUUGUGCGCGUGAGCGCGCUGGACUCUGUUAGCCUGUUAGCAUUUCUCUCGCUCUCUCUAAAACAUCUCGAAAACUAAAUUCUGUUUCUCACCGCUCCUCGAUCUUCCUGUGAAUCCGAGUUCAACAUGGGGCUAACAAUUUCCAGCGUCUUCUCGAGGCUUUUUGGGAAAAAACAAAUGCGAAUUCUUAUGGUUGGCCUCGAUGCUGCCGGGAAAACAACCAUCCUUUACAAACUUAAACUCGGAGAAAUCGUCACAACAAUUCCCACUAUAGGCUUUAACGUUGAAACCGUGGAAUACAAGAACAUUUGUUUCACUGUUUGGGACGUGGGUGGCCAGGAUAAGAUCCGACCUCUAUGGAGGCACUACUUCCAGAAUACACAGGGUCUCAUCUUUGUUGUAGACAGCAAUGAUCGUGAGCGUGCACAGGAAGCUGCCGAAGAGCUGCAGAAGAUGCUUCAAGAGGAUGAGCUCAGAGAUGCAGUUUUGCUAGUGUUUGCAAACAAACAGGAUUUGCCCAAUGCCAUGGCCAUCAGCGAGCUGACGGACAAACUUGGCCUGCAGACGCUCAGGAGCAGAACUUGGUACGUCCAGGCGACCUGUGCCACUCAGGGAACAGGUUUGUACGAAGGACUGGACUGGCUUUCUGAGCAGCUGAGCAAACGUUAAGCUACACGAAUUGGCACACAUGAAGGGGUGUUUUAACAAAGGACACAAUUACACAACUGACAAAGAAUGGAUAUACUCGUUUAUAUUAGCUCAUGGCUAUCAAAUUGGCCUCUGAGCAACUUUAAAAAAAAAUUGUUUUUCUUGAUUUGGGUUGACUGAGUU